AUGAUUUACACGUGGAAAAAUAUGGGAUGGAACAACAACGGAACGAUGGGAAAAAACGAUUUUACAAGGCUCGUCAAUUUGGAUGAUUUUAAAUUUUUAAAAAAUACGUUUUCGUGCGAUAGUAAUAGUAACAACAAGAAUAAUACCAAUCCGACACUGUUGAUUUUGAUUCACACGGCGCCGAAUAAUUUCGAGAAAAGGAAAAUCAUUCGAGAUACGUGGGGUUCGAUUGUGGAUUCGAGAUAUCGUUUGUUGUUUUUGUUAGGUUUGCCCGACACGUCUUCCCUACAGCAUAAACUCGACAAGGAAAACGAAUCCCACGGCGACAUAGUACAGGGUAAUUUCGUGGACGCGUAUAGAAAUUUGACGUACAAACACGUCAUGGCGUUGAAAUGGACGAAAUAUUUUUGUCCGAACGUUAAAUACUUGUUGAAAACGGACGACGACGUUUUCGUGAACGUACCUAAAUUUUUAAAUUACAUAGACGAUCCGACGGGAGAUUUACCAAAGACUCAUCUCAUGCGUUGCCUUCCCGAAUACAAGGCUAUUGCGAGACGAUCGAACAGGAGCAAGUGGAAAGUCACGACGAAGGAAUACCAAUACCGACAUUAUCCCCCAUUCUGUCAGGGAUUUUCAAUAAUGUAUUCGUACGACGUCGUCAAAUCCCUUUAUUCCCUUGCUCAAAGAUCGAAAUUUUUCUGGAUCGACGACGUGUUGAUAACGGGAUUUUUGGGAAUGGUCGCGGGUUUCACGCCUUCCUCCUUCGGACGAUUGAUGAUGUCCCGUAAAAAUUUAUACAAAGUGAGCGACAGGGAUUGGGACGUCGUACCUUAUUUGUUGGGACCUUGCAAUUUACAGGAAACGGAUAUAAAAAAACUUUGGGAUAAAUUAAAUUACAAGAGUUUUAAAUGA